AUGCCUCCUGGAUGGACUGUGAUCCUUCAGACAGAAGACGAAGUGGAAGAUGACGAGCGUAGAAGCAGCAAAGUGGCCGUCAAUACAAGCGCAGACCACGAAGAGGCAGGACACAAACACACAGUUGCGCAUCGAUUCACCAAGCCAACCAUCCGGAGCGACUCCCUCUUCAUCUCCUCCAUUUCCAUGCCAUCAAGUUCCGACUUCAAAAACACCGCCUCGCCGACCCGACAUAUCGCGAUGAUGCUCUGGGCGACUUUAUGCUGGUACUUUCACAAGGAGCCUCCGAAUCCCCAUGUCCUGACCGAGGCGUCUGCAUUGACCCCAGAGGCAGGCCGGCCGAAGCUUGACUGGCGCAUCAGGAUUAAAAGAGAAGGCAUCUUUAAGGGCAAGAACACUUUGCAGAAACUUGAGCGUAUGGGCCUAAUAGCCAGCGAGGACUCCUGCGUGGGUACUGAUCCAAGUACUCGGUUUCCCAGCGGCUGGGCGGAGACGUUUGUGAGCAGGAAGUCAUUCUGGCAGAUUGACGCCAGAAUCUUCCUCUACACAAUGGCCCCUCAGUCGCACUCGCCAUUCCCUUCAGCUUCACCUUACCCUUCUCGUCCAUCUUCGCCAGACCGGGCGGUUCCUGAGCGUGGUUCGCCUCGACCUACAGACUACAUAACAAAUGCAGCGAUAUCAGAUACCUUCAGCUCAGGAUUCUGGUCGCCUGGCGGCCCUUUUAACUCUGGAAGUCAUCUGCCCACGUUUUACCCUCCCCCGCCAACACAAUUCACCUUUACUAACCACAUCCGCCAUCCGAUACGCCCCAAGCCGCCUCGGCAGGGCGAAUCUUUCUACACACGCUACAUUCCCAGUCUUGGUCAAUGGCUUUCCUUCCGGGUACCAACACUCUCUCCGAAGCCGUGCCCUCCACCUCAAUUUGUGCCCGCAUCAUCAUCUAUGCCCGCAGUUCUACCGAGCCACACCGCGGCCGUAUCGAUUGCGACGUUGCCGACUAUGGACAACUUCCUGGAUCGACCCUCUGACUUAGACUUGCUCCACAAGUGGAUGAACGACCCCCGGGUCAGUGCGGCAUGGGGGGCUGCGGGUCCGCUGAAUACACAACAUAAGUUUCUGGUAGAUGGCCUCGAAAGCCGACACUCCUUCCCAGUUUACGGCUGUUGGGACGGCAAACCCUUUGGCUAUUUUGAGAUCUAUUGGGUGAAGGAGGACAGGUUGGGCCGACUACUUGGUGGGGAAGUUGGCAAUUAUACACGGGGACUACAUGUGUUGAUUGGGGAGGAUGAAUUCCGCGGCCCACAUCGAGUCAAGGUCUGGUUGUCCGCGCUGGUACACUAUUGCUUCCUCGCGGACUGUCGAACUGAGACUGUGAUGUUGGAGCCGAGGGUCGACAACACAAAAUUUAUCAAUUAUUUGAAAGAAGCUGGGUUUUACAAGCAAGGCGAGGUUACGUUUCCACACAAGCAGUCAGCUGUCAUGAAAAUCGACCGUGAGUCUUGGGAAGCGCCAGAGCUCUAG